AUGCUUGAUGCUGCUGCUGUCGCUGUCUCAAUUCAGCCAAGGCACGUCAGCCAGGGCGCAGCUCACUCCGUCGCAGGACCAUCAUGUCUAAACCAGCCCUCAACAAGUCCCUUUUGGCUUCUGCUGUCCCCGACAUCUCCGCAAUCACCCUCCUCUGUCACCCUUCAAAGUAGUAGUGGAUCCUGUGUUCUUCCUAAUCAAGUGAUGCUCAAGGGCAUCCCGCAAGAGAGCCAACGUUUGCUUAUAAUCCAACCGACUUCAGGAGCAGAGUGCGUUCUCAGCGGUGAAAAUCUGACGGUUGGCGAAACCGAGAUAUACGUUUCAUGUUAUGCAGAUGAAGACGGAGCUGAAAGGGAGAUUAAUGACAUGGCAUCUUCCUUUGUUACACGCGCCCACUCUGUCCAUUUACGACCUUUGGUGCCACAGACAGAUCAGCCGAACACAAUAUUUCCACGUACCUAUACUAGUCCUUUGAACAGCAACGCCCCAACAUACACAGCCAGUUUAACAAAUGAUGUCAGCGUACCAUCCACUGACGUCGACUGGACAGAAACUCACAGUCAUGCCAUUUCCACAAGGCCUCCUGAAACCACAGUUAAUUCAGAUACUGCCACUCGCUUCGCACUCUCAGAUUCUUUUAAACUUAUGACUGACACCAGUACGUCUACGUUAAUGCGUAAAAUCACGUCUUCCACUCCAUCCAGUGACAUUACAGAGCCUACUGGUGCCACCAAUGUCGUAAUUCAGAACGACAGCUCGAUGACCACUCUACCUAGUAGUGUCAACACUCAAACGCAUAUUACCACCGUCACACCAACACUUGACACCACCACUUCUAAGGUAUCGGCUGGCAACAUAUCUGUGAUGACAAAUGAUACCACCACUUCUAUAACAGAUAGCAUCACUGCUUCUACAAUAGCAGAUGACACCACUACCUCCAUAAUAACAGAUGACAUUACCACUUCCAUGGUAACAGAUGACACUGCAAACUCCUCUUUAACUGGUGAAACCAGUAUUUCUUUGAUAAAAGAUAAUAUAACCGCCUCCAUGAUAACAGAUGACACCACCACUUCUAUGACAACAGAGGAAGUUGCAAUUGCAGAAGACACUACAACUCUUGGGGGAAUAAAUGACAUCACAAAAGAUGAUAGCUCAACCUACAGAAUAUUAGAUGACACCAGUUCUUCAGAUGACACCUCACUCUCCACAAAAUCAUAUAACACCACAACUUCUGUACCAGAGGACAACACCACUUCUACUACAACUUCCACAACAGAAGUUGAAACCAUCGUAAUAACAGAAGGCCUCACCACUUCACUGGUAAUGAAUGGCACCACCAAUCCUUUGGGAACAGAUGGCGCUACCAUAUCCACAGUAACAGCAGAUGACACCACUACAUCCACAAUAGACACCACACAACCAACCACCUCCACAAUAGCAGAUGACACCACCACCUCAACAAUACUAGAUGACACCACCACCUCCACAACAGUAGAUGACACCACUACAUCCACAAUAGCAGAUGACACCACCACCUCAACAAUAGUAGCUGACACUACCGCCUCCACAGUAGCAGAUGACACCUCCACAAUAGCAGAUGGCACCUCCACAAUAGCAGAUGGCACCACCUCAAUAAUACCAGAUGACACCACCACCUCAACAAUACCAGAUGACACCACCACCUCCACAAUAGAAGAUGAAACCACCACAUCCACAAUAGCAGUUGACACAACCACCUCAACAAUACCAGAUGACACCAACCCCUCCACAAUAGCAGACGACACCACCACCUCCACAAUACCAGAUGACACCACCUCAACAACAGCAGAUGACACCACCGCCUCCACAAUAGCAGAUGACACCGCCACAUCCACAAUACCAGAUGACACCAUCCCCUCCACAAUACCAGAUGACACCACCUCUUCCACAGUACCAAAUGACACCACUACAUCCACAAUACCAGAUGACACCACCCCCUCCACAAUAGCAGAUGACACCACCACAGUACAGAUGACACCACUACAUCCACAAUACCAGAUGACACCACCACCUCAACAAUAGCAGAUGACACCAUCGUCUCCACAAUACCAGAUGACACCACUACAUCCAUAAGACCAGAUGGCACCACCAUCUCCACAAUACCAGAUGACACCACCUCAACAAUUCCAGAUGACACCACAAUAGCAGAUAACAUCACCACCUCCACAAUAACAGAUGACACCACCACCUCAACAAUAGCUGAUGACACCACCAUCCACA